GAAACGCGUGGUGAAGGAGAUGGAGCUGACUUUGAGAUUGAUGCAGUCAUGUCGUUGGUAGAGUAGAGAUGUUCGGAUCUGAAGUCAUGGCACCCAAGAGCUGCUGACUCAGGUUGCUCAACCUUAUUUCACCACUUCUGCCACCACUCUUUCCGACGCAUUCAACAUGAGCGAAAAGAAAGGCGCAUACGGCGGCAAGGGCGCAGGCGACACGGACUUCCGCCGAACAUGGGAUCGCGAAGAAUAUGCAGCGCGCGCAGCCGACCGCGAUGCCAAAAUCAAAGAGGAAGGCAAAGCGCGACAUGAAGCAGCGUUGGCAGGAAAGAAAUACAUCCGUCGCGCCUCGACCCCUCCAGACGCGCGCGAUACAGAAGCGCGAAAACAACGUCUCAAUGUGGCAGAUCAAGUUGGAAAAACACAAAUCGUGCCUGCUGGAGCCGGGCAAGGCAAGCGAGGCAAAGGCGCCGGAUUCUACUGCGAUGCUUGCGAUUUGACUUUCAAGGAUAACUUGCAAUUUGUGGAGCACUUGAACAGUAAGCAGCAUCUUGUUGCUACGGGCGAAAGUGGUGAAGUUAGGAGAGCAACGUUGGAGGAAGUGCAGGAGAGGCUCGAGUAUUUGAAGAGGAAAAGGGAUGAGGAGGCUGCGAGAGAUACGGUGGAUUUGCAAACGAGGAUAAGUAGUGCAAAGGAGCAGGAGGAGCGGGAGAGGGAGGAGAAACGGAGGAAGAGGAAUGAGAAGAGACGGAAGACGAAGGAUGGGAUGGGACAUGCGGAAGUUAAGGUAGAGGGUGAUGGAGUCAUUUGUUGAUUAAUCAUAGGCCUGCGACGGAAGUCGAAGCCUCUGGGUGUGAUUGAUCUUAGCGAGGCGUUGGUGGAGUUGUUUCUCUGCAGAUCGAGGCGCUCAAAGAUAGAACACCACGGCUAGGAGCGGUAGCGCGAGAAGGGCGAAUUGCAUGUUGAAAUGCCGGGCUUGGCGAAUUGUGAAUAGCGAGCCAAGGUGGAAAGGAAAAGGCGAUGACUUGAAGACAUAGUCACUGCACUCAACAGCUGUAUCGACCCAAGGCGAGGCAAUGCGUGAAGCCCAGAAAGCCAUUCACAUGCUCCCUCG